UGGCAGUCUCUAGAGGAUUUACUCUUGGUUCUGCUCACCACACCAGCACGAAAUAAUUUGCAUGACUGAAGAAAUACUACAGAAACAAAAAGAGGGAGGAGUCAGGAGAGUUAAGGGGCCUUAUGUGAUGUUGGUUUCUCUUUCUUCUUUUUCUGGAGUUGGUUCAGGAUGACAGUGUGGGGUCUGUUCAUAUUUGUGGUUGUGCUGGGAGUGUAUGUGGAAUAUACACAAAACACAAACACCGACAGCUGUUCAACACUCACUGUUUCCCAUGAUUCCCUGCUGGUGGAGUACGGAGAACCUGUUGAACUCACCUGCUCCAUACCAACCAAACCUUCAUCACAGUACAAGCUGGGCAUGGAGUCUCAGAUUAAUCCUGUCGAAAUAGAGAAUGAGACCAGUGUGAUGUGGAGAUCGCCCAGUCUGACAGAGUGGGAGGUGAACGGAAGAGAGUUGUUCUGUUUCCUGUCAGAGCCGAAUAAAGAACAAUGUAAAAAGAGGGUCCAUCUGAGCCUUUACAAGCCUCCAGACAGUGUGAAGAUCAGCUCUGAGUCCAGCGUGUGGUCGGAAGGUCAGAUGAUGAAGCUGAAGUGUGAGAUUAAGAAUGUGGGUCCCUUACAGAACCUUACUGUACAGUGGACCAGAGUGGACCAGAACAAAAACAGAACAGUCACUGAAAUGACAUACGGAAGUUUCAGCUCUUCUGGAGAGGAGAGAAAGAGCGGGAAUGCGACGGCCACACUGAAUGUCUUGGCCAGCCGUGAUGAAGAUGGAGUCCAGUAUCAGUGUGCAGCUCUACUGAAGCUGGAGCAGCUCCAACAACCACAAGUGGGAACAUCAGAACCUCUGAACAUCACAGUACACUACAAGCCCAUCAUAACACAACCUUCUGAUGGUACCUUAUCUGUAACUGAGGGCGACAGCCUGACGCUGAGCUGUUCAGCACAUGGUAACCCCAGUCCUCAGUAUACCUGGAACUCACCUGGAAACAUCAUGACAGUGUCCUCCAUCCUCAUGAUCAGCAGCAUCCAGUCAGAAGAUCAGGGUCAAUACAUCUGCACUGCCUACAAUGAUGAAGGCUCUGAUUCAGUGACUGUGAUGGUUAACCUGGUAGUGGACUACAAGCCGAUCAUCGCUGUCUUUGCUGUGGUUGGUGGGGUGUUGCUGGUAACUGUGGUCUCCUUUUGGUUGUACGAGCGUUACUGAUGCACCCACAGUGCCAAUACAUCCUGAAGAACCUGACAUCAUAUACACACAAUGCCAACGUGGUCCACAGAGAUGUGGAUCAGAGUCAACUGAUGCUAAUCUGCUCUCAUGUGAACAUGAACGUGAACCUGUUCAGUGAAUAGUGGUUUCACUUAGAGUUUUACGUCUCGUAGACACAACGCCAACGUGGCAGCUGUAGCUAAUGCUAAUAUAUGUUCAUGCUGCGUUCAUGAGCUUCUUCUGAAACUGUAGAGCUUCCUAUUAACCACCUCCAUGCAAAUUCAGCUGAUUGAGGUCAAAAGGCAAAUCAUUUUGCAUGUCAUCGGUCAUGUCACAUAUCCGCUGCUUAAAACUUUAGCACCCCAACUUAAAACACCCUAAAUAAACUCAUGAAAACUCCCUCUGUUAUCCAUCAACAUAGGUAAAAGCAACUCAAAUGAGACAGAAGGUUGUGAAGCUGCACAGAGCUUGAAAUGUUUCUCUGUACAUCACUAACACAGAUCAACUGUUCACCUAAUGUGACCGGUGUUCCUGGCUUUUUUAAGGAGAAUGGGAAUGACAUUCACACCUGGAGAUCCUCAGAAAAUAAAUCAGUUUAGCUCAUUUUGACAGCAAAUAAAAUAAGUGAAUUAAUGGCACUGAA